GACCAAUGAGAGAAGGAAGCGUCGCUGGAGGCGGAGCCACAAUCUCCGGCGGAGGCUGGGUGUCGCCUGACCGGAUGAUGACAGAAGUUUUCGGUCUAAUGUUGCUACUUUUAUCAUGCAGUCACUCACAUAAUAACCUCGUCAGCGUCUCUGACAUCAGUCCGGACUCUUGGCUCCAACCUGCCUCUUUGUUCUGAUGAAAUAACCGCACAGAGACUGGGGAGACAUCUGGGAACUUUUGGGUUUUGAAGAGCGACCCCUCGGCUCUACUUUGACCGGAGAGCAGAGCAGCAGAGCAGCAUCGAGGUGCUCUGCUGACCGAGGUGCCGCAAUGGGAAACCGGGGGAUGGAAGACCUGAUCCCCCUCAUCAACAAGCUCCAGGACGCAUUCAGCUCCAUCGGCCAGUCCUGCAACCUGGACCUGCCGCAGAUAGCGGUGGUCGGCGGGCAGAGCGCAGGGAAGAGCUCGGUGCUGGAGAACUUCGUGGGGAGAGACUUCUUGCCCAGAGGAUCUGGCAUCGUGACCCGUCGUCCUCUCAUCCUCCAGCUGGUCAACAGUAAAGUAGAGUAUGCAGAGUUCCUGCACUGUAAGGGACGUAAAUUUGUGGACUUUGACGAGGUCCGUCUGGAGAUUGAAGCUGAGACUGACCGGAUCACCGGAUCCAACAAGGGCAUCUCCUCCAUCCCCAUCAACCUCCGUGUCUACUCUCCUAAUGUGCUGAACCUGACCCUGAUCGACCUGCCGGGGAUGACCAAAGUGGCCGUGGGAGACCAGCCUCAGGACAUCGAGCACCAGAUCAGGGACAUGCUGAUGCAGUUCAUCACCAAGGAGAGCUGUCUGAUCCUGGCCGUCACCCCGGCCAACAUGGACCUGGCCAACUCUGACGCCCUCAAGAUUUCCAAGGAGGUGGAUCCUCAGGGUCUACGGACCAUUGGUGUCAUCACCAAGCUGGACCUGAUGGAUGAGGGGACAGACGCACGAGACAUCCUGGAAAACAAACUACUGCCGCUCCGCAGAGGUUACAUCGGGGUGGUGAACCGCAGUCAAAAGGACAUUGAUGGAAAGAAAGACAUUCGCGCUGCUUUGGCUGCUGAGAGGAAGUUCUUCCUGUCUCACCCUGGGUACAGACACAUUGCUGAACGCAUGGGCACACCACACCUGCAGAAGACCCUCAAUCAGCAACUUACCAACCACAUCCGUGACACGUUGCCAGGGUUACGCAGUAAGCUGCAAAGCCAGUUGUUAUCACUGGAGAAAGAGGUGGAGGAGUACAAGAACUUCCGCCCUGACGACCCAACACGCAAGACCAAGGCCUUGCUCCAGAUGGUGCAGCAGUUUGGCGUGGACUUUGAGAAGUGCAUCGAGGGAUCUGGGGAUCAGGUGGACACCUCCAACCUGUCAGGUGGAGCGAAGAUCAACCGCAUCUUCCAUGAGCGCUUUCCCUUUGAACUAGUGAAGAUGGAGUUUGAUGAGAAGGAGCUGAGGAAAGAGAUCAGUUACGCCAUCAAGAACAUUCACGGAGUCAGGACAGGCCUGUUCACCCCAGACCUGGCGUUUGAGGCCAUAGUGAAAAAGCAGGUCAUUAAGCUGAAAGACCCCUGUCUGAAAUGUGUCGACCUCGUCGUCACCGAGCUUGUCACCCUGAUCAGGAAGUGCACGGAAAAGCUGGGAUCCUACCCUCGACUGAGAGAAGAGACGGAGAGGAUCGUCACCACCUACGUCAGAGAGAGAGACAGCAAGACCAAGGACCAGGUGCUGCUGUUGAUUGACAUUGAGCUCUCCUACAUCAACACUAAUCAUGAGGACUUCAUUGGAUUUGCCAAUGCUCAGCAAAGGACUGCUGCUAACGCCACCAAGAAGAGAGUCAUGCCCAAUCAGGUGAUCCGCAGAGGCUGGCUCACCAUCAACAUCAGCAUCAUGAAGGGAGGAUCCAAGGACUACUGGUUUGUCCUGACUGCCGAGUCUCUCUCCUGGUACAAAGAUGAGGAGGAAAAAGAGAAGAAGUACAUGCUGCCUCUGGACAACCUGAAGCUGAGAGACGUGGAGAAGGGCUUCAUGUCCAGCAAACAUGUCUUUGCCAUCUUCAAUACUGAACAGAGAAAUGUGUAUAAAGACCUGCGUCAGAUUGAGCUGGCAUGUGACACUCAGGAGGAUGUUGACAGCUGGAAGGCCUCGUUCCUCAGAGCUGGUGUUUACCCAGAAAAAGACCAGCCUGAGAGCGAAGAUGCGAUGAAUCCCAGCGACACCGUGUCCAUGGACCCGCAGCUGGAGCGGCAGGUGGAGACCAUCCGCAACCUGGUGGACUCGUACAUCGGCAUCGUCAACAAGUCCAUCAGAGACCUCAUGCCCAAGACCAUCAUGCACCUCAUGAUCAACAGUGCGAAGGACUUCAUCCACUCUGAGCUGCUAGCCUACCUGUACUCGGCCGGGGACCAGGGCAGUUUGAUGGAGGAGUCGCCGGAGCAGGCUCAGAGGAGAGAUGAGAUGCUGAGGAUGUAUCAUGCUUUGAAGGAGGCGCUGGUCCUCAUAGGAGACAUCAGCACCACCACUAUUUCUACUCCAGUGCCUCCACCAGUAGACGACACCUGGAUACCCAAGGAACCAAGUCCUCCACCGGCGUCCCGCCCCGCCUCGGCAACAGCGGCCCCUCCCAGCCGUCCCCCAGGGGUGAGGGGGCCCACCCCGGGCCCUCCACCCCCUCUCAACCCCUCACCAGCAUUCGGAGCCCCGCCCGUGCCGUCGCGGCCACCGGGCCAAACAGGCUACGCAGGCGAUCCUAACUCUGGUGUUGUGCCUCUUGUCCCUUCCAGGCCGGCCCGCGUGCCUCCCGCACUGCCGCCCGGGAUUCCCAGCAGAAGACCUCCGGCUGCUCCCAACCGACCCACUGUCAUACGUCCUUCAGAGCCCUCCCUGCUUGACUAGAAACACACACACACACACACACA